AUGGCGAGUGCCUGUGACGUCAUAAGUGUCCCAGCUGUCAUGGAAGGGAUGAUGACAGUCAAGACAUGGUCAAGGGAAUUGGGUUCCUCUUCUAUGCUUGAGUUUACUAUGGAGGUUUGCAGGAGAAUACAAGAGGCCUGGGAAGACAACCAAAAAGUCUGUGACGAAACGGAAGACUUUGGAAAGGCUGAUGUGUCACACUACAACAAGACGUGUGAAUUAGUGUUUACGGAAAAUGUCGUGACGCUCCACCUGGCCCCCAGAGGCGCUGGCCAUGCCCCGCUGCACCGCGCUCGCCCUGCCCGUCGCGGGCGCCGCCCUUCGCCUGGUCAUCCUCGGCCGCGCCUCGACCUGCUCCUCCAGCCAGGGCGAGGCCAAGGACCAGCUCGCCCUCGUCCUGCGCUUCGGUUCCGAGGGAGAAGCCGACCUCGUCCUCAAGAAGAUCGGCCUCGACAACGCCGCGACUGGCCGCCGCAGCGCCCACGCCGGCGGCCUCGAGCGCACCCCGACGCCGCCCGCGAAGCCGCCCCGGAUGCACCAGCGCCUCCGGGCCCAGCAGAGCCUCCCUGCGCCGCGGCCCAAGGCGCUGACCCGCCAGCAGUCCCUGCAGGAGGGGGCGCGCCCUGACGGAGACGAGCCCGCGACGGCGACGCAGACGACCUUCCUGUCGCCCAGCUCGGCCGCGGACGCCAACUACCCGCUGAGGGGCACGCUCUCCGGGAGCCUCCACGCGCAGAACUGCCGCUCGGGCAUCUACGACCCGGUGCCCGAGCCCAAGAGAGUCGCCGAGAGCCCGGGCAGCGCCUCGCCGGAGCCCCAGCGCGGCGAGGGCGCGGUGAGCCCUGUGCCCCACCUGCUGGUGUCGACGAGGUCUCCGCAGCAGGAGGUGGCGACGUCCGAGCCGGUGCUGUCGCCCGUGAUCAGGGGCGAGGCGCAGGUCCCUCCCUUCCCCCUCGUGGCGUCGCCCAGGUCGCCCUCGUCCCCCGCGGGCCGCCCGGAGGCGAGGCCGCCCCCCGGCGAGGGCGCUCCCGAAGGCAAAUUCGAUUUCAAGGGCGUGUGAGCGGGCGCCCUCCGAGCCAUUGUCGUCCAUCGUCUUCAGGCCGGGCUGGGAGGGACUCGCUUUGUGCCGACCGGCCUGGGCGUCCCUGCAGAGCGGGCUGAAUGGGGCUCGCAAUCGCGUCGAGAUUCCCUUCGUCGUGAGCGUCGAGGAGAAUCAACUGAUCCUGACUGAGAGUCUUAGCAAAUGUUUGAUCAAAGAACGUCUCCUGCCCGUACUCUCGCUCCGAUGUAAUCCUAUGUACACUCUCUGGAUGGAUCCACACAUAGUGUUCCUCAGACGAGAUGGCGACCAAGACGCAGGCACCCCCAGGGCCGCCCCCGAGGUGCUCACGCCCACGCGAAACCCCACGCGCAGCACUGGAACACGACGCUCCACGAAGACUCUCCGUCCUCCAGUAUUUUCCCCGCGGACGCCUUUGAUCGGCUUGCUUCCCUCCCAGCUUCACGGAUUGAACAGAGUAAAUCCAUCAAUUAUUGACAAGCUUGAGAAGCAAAACUUGUGGAUAAUAACAUGGAUAUCUGCUUCGCCUAAUGUACCGCUUUCUCUUAGAUGUCUCGGAUGUGAAGACGUACAUGUUAUAGUGAACCAGUAGAAUUGUAUUACACUGACAGCUAUACUGCAACGAGAGGGGACUGGCAAGAUGCUGGGGGAAAAGUUACGGUGUUUAUCUCACAUAGAUUGAAAGCCUCUUUGUCUUUUGAGAAAUGCUCUGAACCUUUCAAGGUUUGUUGAAGAUUAAUUUUUUUUUUCAGUUACAGAGGCUAGAUUCGAUCAAGUCCUCUUUAUAGCUUUAUAAAAGUCUGUCGCAUCAUAUUGUCAGCCUUAAUAUUCCGUACUGUACCUUGUUUUAUCAUGAAUAUAGCAGCAUUACCUCCCUUUUCAUUUUGAUUACUAUUUGCAGAGCUGAAUCGCUUUUACCCAAAGUACCGCUGCCUGAUGUAACUAUAUGCAUUUCUUAUGUCUCCAAAUGUGUUUCCAUUACUUCAAAGCCCUUACGACGUAGCAAUAUCAUCUGACAAUGUACUUAUGGUAUCGGACCUUGUAUAAUACACGUUUUUAAAUCCCGCAUAUACAUUUCUGAACGAAUUCGAGAGUAAAUCUCAGGAGUCCUCGCAGGACAAACACCGCUCAUGUGAAACCGAAAUGAAUUUGAUGAGCUUUGA